AUGGAAACAUAUGGAGGUUGUCACCAAAUAUGCGAUAAUGGGACACCUUGUAGAUGUCAACGGUAUUGCAAGAAACUUGAAAAUCCGCCAACUAAUCAGGAUUAUCUUUGUCGUGCAUGUGGUCACGAUCAAGGUUACCACAGUAAUAAUGUUCAACCAAUUACAAAUGAUUUAAACGAUUUAAAUGAUAGUAAUAGCCAUCCAAAUUAUUCCGAGUCAACAAGAAAUACUUUAAAUAAUAUUUUUAGACCAACCAAUAGAUUUACACCAGCACCUAGAUUUAGUUUGGUGAAGGAGGUUAGAUUUAAUGAAAUGAGUUCUUAUUCUGUUUGCACAAAAAUAGAAAGAGAAUUUCCAAUUUUGAAAGAUAGACCAUGGACAGUAUGUCGUCCAGGUUCAAGUAUUAUGCUUUAUCCAGCAGAAAAAAAUCAAGAAGAAGGUUAUUCUUUAGCAGUGAUAAAUAGGGUUCCAAGUCAAUUUCCUUCAAAUUUCUCAAAUAAUGAUAGUCUACCUCAAGAAAACCCAAUUAACUUGCUAGCAGAUAAUCCAACAAGUGAUUAUUGUUCUAUCAUUUCAACCAUAAAUAAAAUAAAAAUUGCUUUGCUCUCAAAGCAUAAAAUCCAUUUCAGCAAAAAAACUAAUAUUUAUAUUAGUGAUUCAGACAACAUCAUGGAUGAGCUAUACAAUUGGGUUUCUAAUGCUAAAAUUGAAGAGUUGUUAGCAAUACCAGUAAUUUGUUUGGUAAAUGAAAGUGCAAUAGAUAGUGGGGGUGUCUUUCAAGAUAUGAUUCAAUCUUUUUGGAAUUCGUUUUUCCUAUCAAAGCAGUUUGAAAAGUUAUUAAAUUCUGGCAAUAUUUUUGAAGAAUUUGAAGAAAACAAAUAUUUUUUGAUUGCACCUAACACUACUUUGUUAAAUGUUUAUCAAAGCUAUAAAAUUAUUGGAAAAUGCCUCUUUUGGACUUUGAUAAAUAAUGGGCCAUGGCCACAUUUUCUUCAUCCUCUUCACAUCCACUAUGCUUUCAAAUUACCAAUCAAAUACUCAGAAGUUAUUUUGGAAUCAUCAUUUACUGUGAACAAACUGAUAAAUGAACUUUCAUCUAUCAAUGAAUUAGAUUAUCAACAAUCAAAGAGAAAUUCUGAAAGAUUAGUUGAAUGGGCAUUGCAAAGAAAUAUUGCA